AUGUACUCGUCAAUUCUCCGGGAACGAUCUGGUACCUUUACAGGUUUGUUAUGGAGCCGAAUCUUCUCUCGAAACAUGGGUGGUGGUCCGAGAACCUUCCCUGGAGGUCUGAACAAGUGGCAAUGGAAACGUAUGCACGAGAAGAAAGCUAGAGAGAAAGAGAACAAACUCUUGGAUCAAGAGAAACAGCUUUACGAAGCUCGAAUCCGAUCUGAAAUCCGAGCUAAAAUGUUCGGAAACAACGAUUCCGGCGAAAAAACGGCGAAAUCGAGCCAGAGUCAUGGACCGAUUAGCCCGAAAGAACAUAUAAAAUCUUUGGCUGAUCGGUUUAUGAAAGCUGGAGCCGAGGAUUUGUGGAACGAAGACGAUGGACCGGUUAAGAAAUCGGAUCACGGGUCGAGACGGUCAGGUUCGAAUUCGAUUGAUUCUUCUUCUUCUUGUAAUUCGCCAAUUGAUGUGAGGAGUUUCGUUUCUGGGAGACGUGGUUCGACGGGUGAUAAUUGGAGUUUCGAUCGUAGUAGUAGAGGUUAUUCGAGUAUGAGUAGAGGUAGAUUUAAGAGAAAUGAGAGUUCUUGUGAUGAAGGAGAUGAGUUUGAUGGGAAAAAGUUUGAUACUUUGAGUCCUUUUGCAUCUAAAUUUGCUGGUAAGAAGGAGAAAGUGAAAAGCUCGAAGAAUGUUAAUGGAGUUAUGAGGAACAAAGGUUUGUUUGGUGGGAGAAAGUUUAGGAAGAAUGAUAGCUCAACCGAAGAAGAUUCCGAGGAGGAAAACGAUGGAAAGAUGAAAGGUUGGAUGGAUUUGAGGAAAACGGGAAGCAGCGCAUCGUUAGGUAACCACGAUAUCAAACUGACGAAAAGAGUUAACCAUAGUGUCACUGAUGAAGAGCUUUAUCCUCCUUUGGAUAUCAAUGUUGUUAGAGAAGAUCUCAGGAAAAGGAAAUCAAUGGAAAAUGUAAUGGACGAGAAUCUAGAGCCUCGUGACUCGAUUUACAGUAGAAAAAGAUUUGAUGAGUCUAGUAUAUCUCCUUUGACUAUAAAGGCGCUUUCUGCGUCUGGCAUUGUUAAGAUGACUAGAGUACAAGAUGCCACUCUCUCUGAGUGCCUCGACGGUAAAGAUGCGUUAGUCAAAGCCAAAACCGGGACGGGAAAAAGCAUGGCCUUUUUGCUUCCUGCAAUUGAAACAGUUCUGAAAGCUACGAACAGCAGUAAUAGUGUUCACAGAGUUCCUCCCGUAUUCGCUCUUAUCCUCUGUCCCACAAGAGAACUUGCAAGCCAGAUCGCUGCAGAAGGCAAGGCUUUGCUCAAAUACCAUGAAGGAAUCGGUGUUCAGACUCUGAUUGGAGGUACCCGCUUCAAACUUGAUCAAGAACGCCUACAAUCCGAGCCAUGCCAGAUACUAAUUGCAACUCCGGGAAGACUCUUGGAUCAUAUAGAGAAUAAGUCUGGCUUAACGCCGCGUUUGAUGGCUCUUAAAUUGUUUAUAGUCGACGAGGCUGAUCUCUUACUAGACUUAGGAUUCAGGAGAGAUGUUGAAAAAAUCAUAGAUUCUUUGCCUCGUCAAAGACAAUCUCUUCUCUUUUCCGCAACCAUCCCAAAAGAGGUCCGUCGAGUAUCACAGCUUGUUUUGAAAAGAGAUCACUCUUAUAUCGACACAAUUGGUCUUGGUUGUGUAGAGACCCAUGAUAAAGUGAAGCAAUCUUGUAUUGUUGCUCCACACGAAUCUCAUUUCCACUUAGUACCUCAUCUUUUGAAAGAACACAUCAGCACCACACCCGAUUAUAAGAUAAUAGUCUUCUGUUCGACCGGUAUGGUAACAUCACUGAUGUAUACUCUGCUCCGGGAAAUGAAAUUGAACGUCAGGGAGAUUCACGCUAGAAAACCUCAGCUACAUAGAACACGUGUAUCAGACGAGUUUAAAGAAUCGAAAAGACUGAUUCUUGUCACCUCUGAUGUAUCUGCUCGUGGAAUGAACUAUCCAGAUGUUACUUUGGUUAUUCAGGUCGGUAUACCGAGUGAUAGAGAACAGUAUAUACAUCGGCUUGGUAGAACCGGGAGAGAAGGCAAAUCAGGCGAAGGAUUGCUUUUGAUUGCGCCAUGGGAGAGAUAUUUUCUUGAUGAGCUUAAAGAUUUGCCUCUUGAACCAAUUCCAGUUCCGGAUCUUGAUUCAAGAGUUAAACUUGAGGUUGAUCAGUCAAUGGCUAAGAUUGAUACAAGUAUUAAAGAAGCAGCGUACCAUGCUUGGCUCGGUUAUUACAACUCGGUUCGAGAAACUGGUAGAGAUAAAACCACGUUGGCUGAGUUAGCUAACCGGUUUUGUUAUUCUAUUGGUUUAGAGAAACCUCCUCCUUUGUUCCGCCGAACCGCGGUUAAGAUGGGUCUCAAAGGUAUUGUUGGUAUUCCAAUCCGAAAGUAA